AUGGGAAUUGUUUUAAGAUACGUGAACAAACAUGAAUAUGUUAUUGAAAGAUUUCUUGCUAUUGUACAUGUGUCUGAUACUUCUACUAUUUCUUUGAAGAAGGCUAUUGAUGAAUUGUUUGCAAAACAUAAGUUUUCAUUAUCAAGAUUGAGAGGCCAAGGAUACGAUGGAGCUUUAAAUAUGCGAGGUGAGUAUAAUGGAUUGAAGGCUCUUAUAUUGAAGGAAAAUUCAUCUGCAAGGUAUGCCCAUUGUUUUGCUCACCAACUUCAACUAGUUGUUGUUGCAGUUGCUAAAAGCAAUCAAAUUGUUCUUGAUAUGAUGGUUCAAGAGAUGAGUAAUCGGUUUUCAGAAUCAAGUACGGAGGUACUUACUUGCAUUGCUUGCUUAGAUCCAAAGGACUCUUUUUCUCAAUUUGAUAUUGGUAAGCUACUUCACCUUGUUGAACUUUAUCCGGAGGCCUUUUCAUUGACUGAUCGUGUAAUACUUGAGGACCAACUUGAGACUUACAUUCAAAAUGUACGAGGUGAAUUUUCUAUGAUUGAAGAUUUGGGAAGUCUUGCUAAAAAGAUGGUUGAAACGGGCAAGAAUACAAUUUUUCCAUUGGUAUAUCGUUUGAUCGAGUUAGUAUUAGUUUUACCAGUUAUAACUGCUUCUGUUGAAAGAGUUUUUUCUGCGAUGAAAAUUCCCAAGACUGAUUUGCGUAAUAGGAUGGGAAAUGAGUGGAUGAAUGACAGUUUGGUAGUAUACAUCGAGAAGAAUAUUUUUGCUACAAUUGAAAAUGAACAAAUUUUACAACAUUUUCAACAGAUGAACACUCGUAGGAUCCAGUUACCUCUUCUUGUUUGUAUGUCUAGAUCUAAUGCUGGUGGUUCAAGUAUUAAAAAAUAA